AUGUCCGAGACUGCGCCCGCCGCGCCUGCUGCACCGGCCCCUGCCGAGAAGACGCCGGUGAAAAAGAAAGCUCGUAAGGCUGCAGGUGCUGCAAAGCGCAAAGCGUCCGGGCCCCCAGUGUCCGAGCUCAUCACCAAGGCUGUCGCUGCCUCCAAGGAGCGCAGCGGCGUUUCUCUGGCUGCGCUCAAGAAGGCGCUGGCGGCCGCGGGCUACGAUGUAGAGAAGAAUAACAGUCGCAUCAAGCUGGGUCUUAAGAGCUUGGUGAGCAAGGGCACUCUGGUACAGACCAAGGGCACCGGCGCCUCAGGUUCUUUCAAGCUCAACAGGAAGGCGGCCACAGGGGAGGCUAAGCCCAAAGCCAAGAAGGCGGGCGCGGCCAAACCCAAGAAGCCUGCAGGAGGAGCAAAGAAACCCAAGAAGGCGACGGGGGCGGCCACCCCCAAGAAGAGCGCCAAGAAGACCCCAAAGAAGGCGAAGAAGCCUGUCGCGGCUGCAGGAGCCAAAAAAGCAAAAAGUCCGAAAAAAGCGAAAGCAGCCAAGCCGAAGAAGGCGCCCAAGAGCCCAGCGAAAGCUAAGGCGGUGAAACCCAAGGCGGCUAAACCAAAGACCGCCAAACCUAAGGCAGCCAAGCCAAAGAAGGCGGCAGCCAAGAAGAAAUAG